CAGUGGUGAAGGAGCUUCCAUGCCUGAUACCUAACUGCGGCCACCUGGGAAUACAGCGCCGAGCCUGGGAUAUUCUGGACCUUGUGUGGAUACUGACUGAGGGGCGCCAGCAUGCUGUGGAAACUGGCAGAUAAUGUCAAGUAUGAGGAGGAGUGUGAGGACAGGCAUGAUGGAGGCAGCAAUGGUAAUCCAAGGUUACCCCAUCUGUCAUCAGUCAGCCAGCACUUGUACAGCCCAGCUCCCCAACUUUCUCAUUCAGGGUCCUCUGACUUUCAACCACCGUAUUUUCCACCUCCAUAUCAGCCUCUGCCGUAUUCCCAGUCUGACCCUUACUCCCACCUUGGAGACCCCUUCUCCCUCAACUCCAUCCACACUUCUCACCCUCCUCCCAGUCAACAGCAGCCAUGGCAGAGUCGUCAGAACCAAGAGCACAGUGGAAUUUCCCACCACAGCAGACCAGGCUUGGUUCAUCACAUCCAGUCUCUGGAUCCCAGCUCAGGAAGGUUGGGAAGGGAUUUCCAAAGAAGACCCGAUAUUCUUCUGCAGCAUGGACAUGGACAUGGACAUGGUCUAGACUCCUCAAGCCUUGCAGAUAACCUUGGUCUUCCAGACAUUGGCCAGCAGAUGGAGGAUGUUGCGAGUUUAGAAGAACAGAGCUUAAUCAUGCAUGACCAGACAGUCAUUAAAAAAGGUAAAAACACCCUAAAUAUGUCCUACCAGAAAGACUCGUUGAUGGGAAUCGUCAUUAAUCCAAAUGAGGUCUUCUGCUCUGUUCCGGGAAGACUGUCCCUCUUGAGUUCUACUUCCAAGUACAAAGUCACUGUAGCAGAAGUCCAGCGACGGCUGUCGCCCCCUGAGUGCUUGAAUGCAUCCUUACUUGGAGGAGUACUUAGAAGAGCCAAAUCUAAAAAUGGAGGGAGGUCGCUGCGAGAGAAACUUGAAAAAAUUGGUCUCAACCUGCCAGCUGGAAGAAGGAAAGCUGCUAAUGUGACGCUUUUGACGUCCCUCGUGGAAGGUGAGGCCGUACACCUUGCUCGUGACUUUGGUUAUGUUUGUGAAACUGAAUUCCCCUCCAAGGCAGUGGCAGAAUACUUGACCCGGCCGCACAUGGAACGCAACGAGAUGGCAAAUCGCAAAAACAUGCUGCUUGCGGCAAAGCAAAUCUGCAAAGAAUUCACAGACCUUCUCACCCAGGACAGGACGCCAUUGGGUAACGCAAGACCAAAUCCCAUUUUGGAACCUGGAAUCCAAAGUUGUUUAGCUCACUUCAGCCUCAUAACACAUGGGUUUGGUAGUGCUGCAAUUUGUGCUGCUAUGACCUCUGUACAAAACUACCUAAAUGAGGCGUUAAAGAUUGCAGACAAAAUGUACAUGAACGCAGGAGACCAGAGUCCUGGAGAAAGCAACAAAGGUCUAGACAAGAUGGACAAGCACCGGAAAUGAGGAUGUACUGUGGACAACUUUCAUUGUUUGACUAGAGGAACAUAUAAGGCUGGGACCUAUAACUUUCCUCUUGGUCUCCAUUUCUAAAGGACUCCUGAUCAGACUGGUGGCUUGGAGACCCUUUAAAAUAUUAUGGGAAGGUGAUAUUUUGCGAGGGAACUUUGAACAUAAGCACCAGAAUUUAAUUUUUUUUUCUGGAAAAUCCUUUUGCACUCGACUUCAGCCUCUUCACCUCUGUCACACAUUUCAUUGAGAACAACUGGAUCUUAUCAGGGAUUACUUUUACCCCCCUUCCCCUAAAUAUGAAAUAAACUGUUCAACAGAGGUUGUAGACAUCAGAGAAAAUCUGGACUUAAGAUUUGGCCUGUAUGCAUGUACUUUUAUGUGUGACUGCAGCCAAUUGUAGCACAUUUCAAUUUAAUCCAGCUCCAACUUAUUUUAAAUGUGACUCCUUUUUUUGUAAAAAUUUUUUUUUUUCGUAUUUUUAGUUUUAUAUAAAGGAUUAGAUGCAGAUCCUCAUAAAACAGUACAAAUUAAAUGUUUUAUGUAAAUUCAUGAACCUCUUUGCUAACUACCUACUGUAGUUAAAAAUGUUAAAAGCCCUAGUCAUCCUCUUAGCCCUAUUUUAAUAUAUAUAAAAAAAGUUUUUUUUUUUAUAUCAGAUUCAAAAAAUUUCUGGAACUUCACAGAAUCAUUUACAGAUUUUUACUUUUUUUAUUUUAGUAUAGUGGUCUUUAGGAGCCACAAGCGAAAUAAAAUAAAUGAAGUUUAAGUCUGCUAUUGAAUUCUGUGUAGAUUUAGUUCCAUUAGGGCAGCAGUGCAUUGCAAGGAGUAGUCCAGAGGUGGGCAUUGUGGCUUGAGGGUGUGUUCAAAUUUUUUUCUUACUGUACAUAAUUAUUUAUAUGUAAUUUAAGGGGCUUGUACAUAAUGGUGAAACUUUAUACCACUGAGGUAAUGGGAUGGUUGAUACUUUUUUUUUUUUUUUUUUUUUUUGUCAUCGUACAACAGGUCUAAAUUAGGAUAUUUAACAGUGUGGCGCUAAAGGUGCCUUGCAAAAGCAUUGUGUGAAACUGUGUGGGAGGGAAAGUUACUUUUUUUUUUUUUUUUUUUCCCGAUAAGAGGUGAGUGCCAUGUUGCGUUGUGUUCAAUACCUUUUACAUAUUUGUAAAUCUUACAUUAUUAAACUGUUGUAUAUUAAAAGCCUAUAAUAAAAUCCUGAGAAUUUAGAUUCUG